UUGGAGGAUAUAGGCGGGAAUCAAACCAGCGACUGCUAAGAUUGAUAGCGUUUUUUCAUUGCACACAUUGCAGUCAGUUGGUCACUCUAGUGCAGUUUAUUCCAUGGAUAUGUCAUCUCUGCAGCCUUGAAGGAAUAGUUCUCCACUCUUCUGAGUUUUAUCCUGUUCAAGCAUAUUGGAGGACAGGCGGGAAUCGAACCAGUGACUGCUCAGAGAUUGAUAGCGUUCCCGAAUGGCUGGAAUUGUGUGUUACCAGAGCUCUGAUCUCCUGUGUUUUGUUUUUCCCUGCCAGAAGAACCGACAGUACAUGGAGGGAAUCAUCACACCCCUCACCAGUGGACUCGGAGACAUGGAAGCGAACCCUUGGAUCCGGGCAGAUGCAGGUCCGCCCCCGGCCAUGAUGUCACCCUCACAAGGAAGUGUCGCUCCCCAACACCACGAGAGCCCAGAGACGGGAUCGCCCGCCACGCCACUCAUGCCCACCCCUUCGGAGAAGCUGGCCCACGCCGGCCGCGUCGUGAGAACGGUGAUUCUCGCCAAGGUGCCGCAGAUGGUUCGGGACCGAAAAUACCACCUGCGCACUUACAGGAGAUGCAUGGUUGGUUCUGAGAUGGUGGACUGGUUGAUGGACCAGAGCGCGCUGGUGCACACCAGGAUGCAGGCUGUGGGGAUGUGGCAGGCACUGUUGGAGGAAGGGGUCAUCUCACACGUGUGCCAGGAGCACCAGUUCAAGGACAAGUACCUGUUCUACCGUUUCCGUGACGACGACACGGGCAUGGGCAGCAUGCCGUCCACAGCAGAGAAGAAAGAAUGUGAGGAAGAGCUACAGGACACACUGGUGAUGCUGUCACAGAUCGGCCCUGACGCCAUGAUGCGCAUGAUCCUCCGCAAACUGCCUCACGAGCGAUCAGUUGACGAAUUGGAGAUCAUUUACGAAGAGUUGCUGCACAUCAAGGCCUUAACUCACCUCUCCAACACUGUGAAGCGAGAGCUAGCCAGUGUUCUGAAGUUUGAAUCCCAUGCUCGAGCCGGCACCAUACUGUUUAACCAAGGAGAUGAGGGGACAUCGUGGUACAUCAUUCUCAAGGGUUCUGUCAACGUAGUCAUCUAUGGAAAGGGCGUCGUGUGUACGCUACACGAAGGGGACGACUUCGGAAAGCUCGCUCUUGUGAACGAUGCGCCGCGUGCUGCAUCUAUCGUGCUUCGGGAGGACAACUGUCAGUUCCUCCGCGUCGACAAAGAUGACUUCAACAGGAUACUCAGAGAUGUGGAGGCAAACACAGUGAGGCUGAAGGAACAUGGACAAGACGUCUUGGUUCUGGAGAAGAUUCCAGCUAACAACCACAUCGACAGCGAUGAACACACGCACUUCAGAUACUCGGUAAUGGCGGGAACGCCAGAGAAGAUGUUGGAACACCUGUUAGAGACCCGAGUGGACAGCAGGUGGAAUGACGAACCCACAGUCACCGCGGACACCUUCAUGGAGGAUUUCCUGCUGACCCACAGUGUGUUCAUGCCGUGCAACCAGCUCUGUCCGGCACUCAUGGCUUACUAUCAUGCGGAGGUUCGGACAGGGCCUGACCAGGAGCUGGUUGAUUACGCUCUGGCAAACAAGAAGAGAGUCCUACACAUGGUGCAGCAGUGGAGCAGGAUCGUGGGGGACGCCUUCAUCGAGAGCAAGACCAUCAAAGCCUUUCUGGAGGAAUUGUGCUUGGCUGUAUCAGAAGACUGCCAGACGUGGCCUGAGUUAAAGGAAGACCUUGCAGCCUUGGAGAAACUAAUGAGCAGCAUGCCAGAGCCGGACGGCGACCUUCCCGUGUUCCUGUCCCUCACUCCCUCCUCCAUACUGGUGCCUACUAUAGGGUGGAGGGACAACUCUAAUGGUGAUGCCAAACCUGUGUCAACUCUCAGGAAAGUAAGGUCCCGUGCCUCCAUCUCCGGAACGUUGCGCCGACUCCCCAAGGAGCUUUCCGAGGAAAAACAAACACGCAGGAGAAGAAUAAAACCUUCUGACGAAAAUAUCUUUAAGGUGUACUUCGCUGACCACACAUACAGCACCUUAAGACUUGCCAUCUCGGCGUCAGCAGAGGAGACGGUACAGAGCACAGCUGAGAAGCUGUGUCUGGGGGAGGAUCUGGUGCUCUGUGAAGUCAAGUCAACCGGAGAAAGAGUUGUGUUGAAAGAGUCUGACGUUUCCGUGACAACGGGACUCAGUCUCAACGGCAGACUCUUCAUCGCGCCAAGGGAACAUCUUGACUCGUUGACACCACUACCAGAACAGGAGGGGCCCAAACAGAGUACAUGUGCCACCAUAGAACUGAUGAGCUCCAGAGAGAUGGCUUACCAGAUGACUCUGUACGACUGGGAACUCUUCAACUGUGUGCAUGAAAACGAACUCAUCUACCACAUUUUCGGGCGGCACAAGUUCGGAAAGAUCACGUCAAACCUUGACCUUCUGCUGCGCCGUUUUAACGAGGUUCAGUUCUGGGUGGUGACGGAGAUGUGCCUUACUCCGCAGGUCGGCAAGAGGGUGCAGCUGCUCAGGAAAUUCAUCAAGAUAGCUGCAUACUGUAAGGAGUACCAGAACCUGAACGCUUUCUUCGCCAUCAUCAUGGGUCUGGGGAACAUCGCAGUCAGCCGACUCUCACAAACAUGGGAGAGGCUGCCCAAUAAGUUCAAGAGAAUGUUUGCAGAGUUUGAGAGCUUCAUGGAUCCGUCCAGAAACCACCGAGUGUACAGACUAGCGAUGAGUAAACUACAACCGCCAAUCAUUCCAUUUAUACCGCUACUGAUGAAAGAUAUGACUUUCACCCACGAAGGCAAUAAGACAUACUAUGACGGUCUAGUCAACUUUGAAAAAAUGCACAUGAUCUCAUCUACUAUAAGGACCAUCAGACAAUGUGGGAGCGAACCUUUCAAUUUCGAUCCCCCACCAGUCGUGAAGAACAUACAAGAGGUUCGAAACUACGUCAGGAGUCUGAAUGUGAUUGAUAACCAGCGAACGUUGACGCAGCUCUCACACAAGCUGGAGCCCAGAAGAUCGUAGAGCAUCAGUGACAACACUGCUGCGACUGAAGAUGUAAUGAGGCUUGUUUUACGUGCUCAAGUCACCUCCUCCAACACAGGACCCCCACCUUAGGUUCCUACUGAAAGACGAAUGUAAUCCCUUAACCCAGAAGAUUGUAGAGCAUUGGUGACAUCACAGCUGUGACGGAAGAUAGGUUGAGGCUA